GAAAAAGUAGACAAGCAGAGUAUCUGCGUUGAGCAGUCCAGUAUUUUUCUUGUCCCUACUCCGAACUUCCAACGUCUAUACCGGUGAGGCCACCAACAUGGUAUUCUUUACGGGGAAGAACGCUAUUAUUCGACUGUUUUAUUAUGCAUUAGCCUAUACAGUUUAUUCGCCGAAAUGUUCCGAAACUUUUGAUCAAGAAUAUGAUUACAUUGUUGUUGGGGCCGGAUCUGCUGGAUCCGUUGUUGCCUCUCGCCUCACUGAAGAUCCUUGCGUAAAAGUCCUGCUGCUGGAAGCCGGUGGAAAAGCGGAUCCCUUAUCAGAAAUACCAGCAGCUGCUUUUCUCUUACAGCUGACCGAUGACGACUGGCAAUUUAAGACGACGCCACAAAAACGAGCUGCAGGUGGAUUUCAAAACAGGCAAUUACCAGUACCCAGGGGUAAAGGUAUUGGAGGCACAAGUCUCAUCAAUUUUUUCAUGUACGUCAGAGGAAAUAGAAGAGAUUAUGAACAGUGGGCCAAAAAUGGAGCUAAGGGAUGGGCUUGGAAAGAUGUAUUCCCAUAUUUCCUUAAAUCAGAAGACAAUACUGACCCUGAAAUAGCAAACAAUGGAUAUCACGGAAAAGGUGGUUUAUUGACCGUGAGCAAUAUUCAGUAUAACAGUACUUUGAUGCAGACAUUCAUUGCAGCGGGAAAGGAAUUGGGAUUUGAGCACAGAGACAUUAAUGGCGAACAACAAACAGGUUUCUCCAAACUCCAAGGAACCAUAAGAAAAGGUAAAAGAUGCAGCACUGCCAAAGCUUUCCUAGUACCUGCAGAAGACAGACCGAAUUUGCAUAUUGUGAGCAAUGCUUACGCACGGAAGGUUCUUAUCAGUGAUCAAAAAGUAGCAACUGGCGUUGAAUUUGAAAUAAAUGGCCAUGUUUAUACAGUAAAAGCCAAGAAAGAAGUUAUUGUGAGUGCAGGAACAUUUCAAUCACCUCAACUUCUUAUGCUUUCUGGAAUUGGACCUAAGGAACACUUGAGGAAAUUUGGAAUUCCUGUUGUGGCUAAUCUACCAGUUGGUGAUAAUUUACAGGACCAUGUCGGUACAGCAUCUCUGAAUUUUGAAGCAAAAGAUGCACAGUCUCUUUUGUUAGGACAAGUCACCAAUCCUUUCAACUUGCGAGAAUUCAUCAGAAAUGGAACAGGUCCCUUGACCAGCUUUUCUGGGAUCGAAGGUAUGGCUUAUAUAAAUUCUAAGUAUCAAAAUCCGAAACUGGAUUGGCCGGACCUGGAAAUCCAUUUGGCUUCUGGCUCACCAGCCAGUGACUAUGGUCAAAUUUUAAGUGAUACAGUUGGAAUGACUUCUCAGGUGUACAGAAGAGUAUACGCUCCAUAUACCGGAAAAAACACAUUCACUUUCUUCCCUUGUUACCUGCGUCCAAAAAGUAAAGGAACCGUUCGACUGCAUUCGGCCAAUCCAAAAGAUUUUCCUCUCAUUGAUCCAAAUUUGUUUCAAGUCGAAGAAGAUCUGGAUAGAUUAGUUGAAGUUAUGAAGGCGUGUGUGUACUUAGUAGAAAAUACAACAGCCUUCCAAAAAAUUGGAGCCAAAAUGUUCCAGACUAAGCAUCCCGGUUGUGAACAAUACAAAAUCUACUCGGAUAAAUAUCUGCGAUGUCUCGGAAGGAAUUACGUCUUUAAUCUCUACCAUCCUGUUGGUACCUGCAAGAUGGGCAACCCCAAUGAUCCUACUACAGUUUUAGAUCCUGAACUCAAAGUGAAGGGCAUCAAGAACCUUCGAGUUGUAGAUGGAUCUGUCAUGCCAACUAUCAUUUCUGGGAACACGAAUGCUCCUAUCAUCAUGAUUGCAGAAAAAGCAUCCGACUUAAUCAAGAAGGACAAUCCAGAUAGGAAGAAUUGUAAUCCAGAAGAACAAUACAAAAAAGAAUAUAGCUGGUUCGAUUGGUUUAAAAAAUAAACGAUAUUGUAAUAUUUGCUUUCUCGGGGGGAGGCGGGGAGAUAUUCUUAGUUCUGUACUUGAAUAAAUAUUUUUGAGAAAUUUUUACUCUUUCAGAUAAAACUCUAAUGUGCCGAACAUCUGAUAUGUGUUUUUGAAACAUGCAUUCAUAUGAGAAAGUUUAUCAGAUUUGUGAGGCAUGGUUUGUUAUUAUUUUAUAUCUAUGUUAAACCACAUAUACUAAACAUUAAAUGAUUAAAAACUGAUUAAAAUAAAAGAUAAUUGAUUGAUUACUGAUUAAAAAUACGAUACAAAAUCAGUAUAGGAAAUGAAAAAAAAACUGUUGAAUUUAAAAAUCCAAAUAUUUUGAACUUUUAGAGUUUAUAAAUUUUGUAUUUCUGAAAAAUCUAGAGUUUUGUCUGAAACGUGAAUUUUUAAAAA